AGCCGAAACAGGAAGAGGAUAGCGUUCUUGAUUUAUUGUAUUGUAGCUAGCGGUAGUGAAAGUGCGCUACAGUUGACCAACAGGCGUGAAUGGGGAAACUCUUCUGGACUUUGCACCCCCUGGAGGCAGAGGAGGAUUUUGGGGCAGAGUUGGAGUUUUGACCGGCUGUUGUUCCACCUCAGUAAGUUAUUGGUAGCGACCAGGACACUGGACAAAAAGCCCACUAACACCCGGCCACCCUCCGGAGGAAGUUCAGUUUGAGAUCUCGGUCUUUCGGUCACUGGCCAGAGCUAUGACUGUAAGUUAGGGGCCAAAAUGUAGAUCGACUGGAAAAUCGAAAUAAUAACAUCACUGUUUUCUGUCACCAACAAUUGUCCAACAGGAAGUAUACCCCACAAAAUCAAGAUAAAACAUUUUCCUGUCCCACAAAAUUAUCAGCUGAUAGAGAACAAAUAAGAAAUAAAUGAUCCCUUCACAUGCCACAGAGUGGAAACACAAUAAUCAUUGAGUAUGGCUGUUGGCUUUUAUAAGUUUUACGUCUCAGUUUUGGCACUUCUUUGAUGCAAGGCCAUCACAUGUGGACAAAGGGAAAUCAAACUUGACCAAACCAUUUUGCUGAUAUGCAAAUCAACCUAAUUUAGAUGACAAUAGCUUUCCCUCGUCUGCACAUUCUGCAUUUCGAUAUAAACCACAACACAGCUGCAGCUGGCUGGGAGGCAAGCAACAUCAUCAACAAUGGGGAAGGUUGUAUUCUUCGAGGACAAGAACUUCCAAGGACGGAAGCACGAGUGCAGCACUGACUGCGCCGACUUGCGCUCCUACUUCAGCCACUGCAACUCCAUUAAGGUGGAGAGUGGCUGCUGGGUUCUGUACGAGCUCCCCAACUACACCGGGCACCAGUACAUCGUGAACGCUGGGGAAUAUCCUGAUCACCAACAGUGGAUGGGAUUCAAUGACAGCGUCAGCUCAUGUCGCUCUAUCAAAAAUGUGUAUGGAAAGUCCUGGAAGGUCAAAUUCUACGAAAAGCAGGAUUUUGGAGGUCAAGCAGCAGAGUGUGGUGAAGAUUGCCCAUCUAUUUACGAGGCCUUCAAGUUGCGGGAGUUCCACUCCUGUGUGGUGACGGACGGUGCGUGGGUCCUCUACGAGCAGCCCAACUACAAGGGACACCAGUACUUCCUGGAACGUGGCGAGUACCCCAACUACACAGACUGGGGCGCCACCUCCCCUGCUGUGGGAUCUUUCCGCAUGAUCAAACAGUUCUAGAACGGCAGUAAUCCCGCAGAGUUCUGCAACCUCCAAAAUAGUUUCCUGAGUGCUAGGGCCGCCAACAUUAUAAAAUUAUAAAGAGGGGGUCUAGAGGGUUCUAGAGAGUUCUACAAAGUUCCAAAACCCCAGGGCAGCCAAAAUGUCAAUGAUGUUCUGGAAUCUUGAGGAAGUUCUUGAACCCCUCAAGAAGUUCAGACUUCCAGAAGGUGACCAACAACUGAGAAGCCUUCACGGUCUCUCCAUGUGGACAUUCCCCCCAGAGCCCUGAACGUUGCACUCAAAUGAAUAAAAGUGUU